AUGGCAGCACGUGCAUCUCAAUUCAGGAUUGUCAUAUUUGGGAAGAAUGAUAAUGAAAAGACUGCACUAAGCAACUUCAUCACAGGGAAAAAGAAUCCUAUUCGUCAAACAUUACCGAAGAAAUCUAUAGUACAAGGAGAAUGGAGAAAAAUACCUGUAACAGUGGCAAAAACCACAGACCUCUUCAGUCUGCCUGUUGAAAAAGUGAAACUUGAAAUGAAGAUGUGUGUGGCCCGUUGCCCCCCUGGACCAAAUGUUCUCCUGCUCAUAGUCAACCCUUCUGAUUUCACUGAGGAUGACAGACGCACUCUGAAGUCCAUCCUGUGCUUGUUUGGUGGUGAUGCCUUUAAAUACUCCAUGGUCAUCACAACACAAAAGGGUGAAGCAAAGAAUACAGCAAUGGAUCAGUUUAUCCAGAACUGCAGAAAGAGGCAUUUCACACUGGACUUUGACAAGAAAGACUUUCUUGACUCAGAUCGUGAAACACUGAUGGGAAAGAUAGAAGGCGAAAUUGUGGCUUACAACAGGGGAGGACAUUUGAACUAUACAGAGACUGCUGACCUAGUAGAAGAACCAGAAGAAGAAUCUGGACAUGGGACUGAAGAGCCUCAAAUUCCCAAUAAAAACUGUUCUUUGUAUUUGGAACUGAAUGAAAACCCUCAGGUCAGUAUAGAAGUACCUCAAAGUCCAAAACUCAAACCUUUGAAUUUGGUGCUGUUUGGGAGAUUUGGGGUUGGCAAAACCUCAGCUGCAAAUGCCAUCCUGGGAGAAAGAAAAGUAGAACCUGAAUCAUCUCAGUGUAUUAAAAAUGAGGGUGCGGUGUGCGGUCGUCUGGUUUCACUGGUGGAGCUGCCUGCUCUCUGUGGAAAACCUGAGGAGGAAACAAAGAAGAUAGCGUUCAAGAGUAUUUCCCUCUGUGAUCCAGAGGGUGUCCAUGCCUUCAUCUUGGUUUUACCACUGGAUCCUCCAACGAGUGAAGACAAGAAAGAGGUGGAGACUAUCAAAGAUACACUGAGAUCCCAAUUUGACAACUACACCAUGAUUCUUUUUACUGUGGAGUCAGAUCCUACACACCCAGAUGUUGUUAAGUAUGUAAAAACUAAUAGAGAAAUCCAAGAACUUGUUCAGAGCUUUUUUGGCCGAUACAUUAUCUUCAACAUCAAUGACCAAGAGCAGAUCCCUCAGUUAUUGGAUGCUGUAGAAAAGAUGAAAGUAAUGUCUGAACUGAAUAAGAAGAUACAUUUUGAAAAAAUUGUGAAAAAAGAACGAAUUCCGAAAAAAGAACAAAUUCUGAAAAAUGGACAAAUUCCAGAAAAAGAAAUUCCAAAUCAUCUCAGAAUCGUGUUGAUUGGUAAGACUGGAAGUGGAAAAAGUGCCACUGCAAACACUAUAUUGGGAAGGGACUGCUUCCACUCGAAAGCCAGUAUGAAAUCAGUAACCAAGCUUUGCCAAAAAGAAACAACAGAGAUAAAUGGGCACCCUGUUGUUGUGGUGGACACACCUGGUUUAUUCGACACAAGUCUGUCCAACGAUGAUGUUAAACAGGAACUCGUGAAAUGCGUCACAAUGUUGGCUCCUGGACCUCAUGUGUUCUUACUCGUCCUGCAGGUUGGUCGUUUUACAGAGGAGGAAAAAAAAACUGUGGAGCUCAUCAAAAACUUUUUUGGCAAGAAUUCAAAUGACUUCAUCAUUAUCUUAUUCACCAGAGGAGAUGACCUAAAAAAUCAAACAAUUGAGAGUUAUAUGAAAGAAGACAGCGAAGGAUUCCUAAAACAACUGACAGCUGAUUGCGGAGGACGAUACCAUGUGUUCAAUAACAAUGAUCCACGUAACCGCUCUCAAGUUAGUCAGCUGCUCACCAAGAUUGAGUCAAUGGUGAAGAAAAAUGGUGGUGGCUACUACACCUCAGAGAUGUUCAAAGAGGCAGAGGCAGCAAUUCAGAAGGAAAUGCAGAAGAUUAUGAAGAAGAAAGAAGAAGAGAUAGAAAGACAGAAGAAGGACCUUGAGAAAGAACAUGAAAAGAAACUCCAAGAGGUGCAGCGAAAAACUGAACAAGAAAGAGCUGCAAGAGAAAAAGCAUUGCAAGAGAAGGAAGAACUCAUUAGGAAAGAGGAGGAGGAGAAGAAAAGGAUGGAGGAAAAGAGAGCAGAAGAGGAAAAAGAGAGGAAACGGAGGGAAGAAAUUCAGCAACAACAGUGGGUACAGAAAGAGAAAGAAAUUAAAUCCAAACCGGAAGAAGCUACAUAUGCAAACCAAAGGAACGAAGAAAUACGUAAAGAAAUAGAAGCUUGGGAGAAAGAACAAAAAGAGUGGGAGAAAAAACGACUUCGAGAAGAACAACUGAGACUGAAGGAGCAAGCACGGUUAGAAAAACUCAGAGCUGAAUAUGAGCAAGAAAAAAAAGAACAUGAACGCAGAAGAAAAGAAGAGGAUCGACUCAGAAAAGAACAGGAGGAAAAAGAAUGGAGAGAAUUGCAACAAAACUUAGAAAAGCAAGUGGAGGAGAUGAGGAGGAAAAAUCAAGAGGAAGCCAGAAAGCAAGCAGAGGAGAUCAAUGAAUUCAGACAGAGAUACACCACUGACUUUGCAGUUGUGGUAGCAAAGCAUGAAAGGGAAGUUGAGAAUAUGAAACUAAAGCAACAAAAAACCAAUGACUUAAUGAUUCAACAGCUGAGCAGGAACAAGGCAUAUCAAAAGGACUUUGACCUAAUGAAAAAGAGACAAGAAGAAGAAAUGAGCGAGCUCAAACGGUAUAUUCCAGAACCAAAACAAAUAGACGAACUACAGAAAGCUCACGAGGAAGAAAUAAAUGAGUGGAUCCAGGAACACGUGAGGAAAGCCACAGAAAAAAACUGUUCCAUCUUAUGA